CAAACAUUCUCAUUCAUUUUGGUGUGUUUCUUCGGUAAAAACUUGCCUAAUACCUCAUUACAAUUAAUUUAUAUACAAUAAUUAACUCGAUUCUCUUAAAAUGAUUAAUUAAUUUUUUAUAAAUCAUAUCGACAUAUGCUCAUACACUGCCUGAAAGAAAAUUGAAUCGACAAAUCUAUUUUUUUAUCAUCAUUACAUCUUCAGGACUCAAGAAUCAUGAUUUCGGCUGAGGUUUCAAAAACGGCCAUAAGCGCUGCAGCUGCGGGUAUUGCCGGACUUUGUUUUGUUGGUUACUGCAUAUACUUCGAUCGCAAACGUCGUAGUGAUCCAAAUUUUAAAGCUAACUUGCGCAAGAAACGUAUGAUGAAUAGAGAAAGAGAGAAGGCAGCUCAGGCAGCUAAAUCAAUUUUUCCAGAUUUUACCGAUCAACAGGCUGUUCAGAGAUUUUUUUUACAAGAAGUACAAAUGGGCGAAUCUUAUUUAGAACAAGGAGAUGUAGAAAAUGGCGUGCAACAUUUGGCUAACGCCGUUGUCGUGUGUGGGCAACCCACUGAAUUGUUAAAUGUACUACAACGAUCACUUCCCGAACGAGUAUUUGAACUUCUCAUUAAGAGGUUACCGGAGUUGGGAAAAAAUCUCAUGAGAAAACCACAGCAAGGACCUGUUAUCAAGGAGUUAGAUGUUUCUGAAGUCGAGUAAAAGAAACGCAAUACUCUUUUUUUAUGAAAAAAAAAAUUAGAUUUAUCAAUUUUAGAGUAUUUUAAGAUUAGUAAACAAAUGUUAAUUGUUAUUCAUGAAAAAGAAUAAAUUACAAAAAAAAAAAGAAAUCAUAGUCAUAUAUUUUAUGUAGUUCUUUCAAUUGUUAUUUUAAAACAAUGAAAUUGAUUUCGUAAUAAAAUGAAAAGUAUUUGAUGUUAAUUUUUGAAUAAUAUGCAACUAGAACAGAUGUUAGUUUGUAUUUUAUUUUUUCGUGUGUGUUUUUUUACCAACCUAACACAUUUCAGUCUGCAUUUAUUUUUAUAUUAGCAUAAAAUAUCGCGUGAAAUAUUAAACUGCUAAAUUGUAAAUUAGCAACAAAGUUCUAACUUAUGUUAUGAAGAUAAUAUAAAUACCUCGUUAUUACUUUGAACUUAAGGCUUAUUAGUAUUAGUCGUUAAAAAUAGAACUUUUAUUAUGGACUGAGUGACUAUAUUUUGUUAGAUGUACUCAUCCGCGGAUUAAAUGUUAUGAUUGGAACUAUUAAAAGCAAUAAUAUAAUUGAUAUAAAAAUAUUAUACUCCAUUUUUUUUUUUUUUUUUGUAUUAAAAAUAAAAAUAUUUUUAAAUAUUA